AUGUUAUCAGAAAGUGAGAGCGGAUCGACUAUUAGAAUCAUAUCUCGCAUCGGAAACCAAGUUACUGUCGCUAUACCCCCAGGAGAAAUAUCAAUGCAAACUGUUGUGGAAGUUCAUGCUUGGGAAGUCCAGCUCAAUGCUGAUUACUAUGCCCAAAUUGCUACAUCAAACUCCUCUGUGACUUCCGAGAUACGCCUGGGAGAUGACGUAGAACAUAUGACAGAUUAUCCGCUAGUAAUUUGGGGCUUUGAAGAUGAGGCGGAAGAUGAGGGGGAAGAUGAGGAGGAAGAUGAGGAGAGAGAACUUACAAAUCGAGAAGCAGAAGCUAUGCGUCAUCGUAGACGACGCUUUCUUGUAGCCUUGAGAUUUGCACACAACUGGGAAACUAGUAAUGGAAUCAGACUCGCUGUUCCGAGACAGGGGCUUGAAGAAGCAAGUACCAGUUUGUCGCACUAUACUCGGUUCUCAAACGCAUUGCGUGAUUAUCUUGCCGCAAAUGAAGACUUCAUUUCGGCUCUUGCCUAUGAUUAUAGAAGUGAAGCCGUCGAUGCACUCUUAAUCCCAGUACCCAUUGAUGAAACGCAAAGAGAGUCGGAGCCAUGUCCUAUCUGUCGAGAGAUCUAUGGUGAAAAUACAGAGAAUGGCAUCUCCCACCAAGCAUGUAUGCUGCCAGAUUGUAGACAUGUGUUCGGUAGGGCUUGUAUCAAUAUCUGGCUCGUACAACAGAGCAAAAGCACUUGCCCAAUGUGCCGCGCUGAAUUGAAUUUGGGUAUUGACUAA